GAGAAAAUUCGAGUUACCAUGUCCAGGUGGUGAAAUUUUAGACAGGGCUGCUUUUUGAUUGCCAUGGGCAGGCUGAGUGGCCCGCAGCUAGUGACUUUCACCAGUGUUUACGUGGCUUACACACUGUAUGUUUAUGUCAGACGAUCCUUCUCCUACACCAUUCCUAUACUGGCCUCGGAGGGAACACUCGAUAAGAAACAACUUGGUGUCAUAGUCAGCAGUCAGUCUCUGGCGUAUACUAUCAGUAAAUUCUGCUGUGGAAUCCUGGGAGAUAUUGUGAGUCCCCGACUUCUGUUGUCUGCAGGACUUGUAUGUUCCGGAAUCACUGCCAUCAUCUUCACAGGAUUUGACUCGGUGUUGCUCCUCAGCCUCUGGUGGUUUCUGAAUGGUUUGACACAUGGAGCAGGAUGGCCAUCAAUUGCCAUUAUUCUUAAAGCGUGGACCAACCCAGACCAGUUUGGCACUGUGUGGAGUGUGGUGUCCACCUCUAUGAACCUGGCUGGGACAGUGGGGCCAAUAGUGACCACUCUUCUGGUGACAAAACUAGGAUGGAGGUACUGCAUCCAAAUAGCAGGAGUGCUGUCUAUUACUGUGGGAUUUCUUUGUCUGCUUAUUGUGAAGGACAAACCUGGAACCAAUGCCAACAAACUAAAAGACAUGGACAAUAAGAAAAAGGAAGACAAGCCGGCAGAAUCGAAUGUGUCCCGUAAGGAUUUGUUGUUUUUACCUGGUUUCCUUGGCAUCUGUAUGUGUUACCUAGUAACAGCUUUGGUCUUGCAUGGCAUCUUACAAUGGUCACAGCUUUUUAUGGUGCAUGAAAAACACCAAUCUGUGUUGACAGGAAGUGGUUUCCUGAGUAGCGUAGAUAUUGGAGGGUUUGUCGGAUCAUUUGUAGCUGGAUACCUGUCGGAUUACAUGGUAUCCAAGAAUUCCAGUGUAUCCAGGCCUGUGAUUAGGAAAACUUUGGUGCUGUAUUUUGAAAUUCUUCUCGGGUGUGUUCUGUAUAUCUUCACAAUCCAUAUAUCAGAGAGUUCAUCUAAUGUUAUUGUCACCCUGGUAGGAUUUCUCAUAGGAGUUGGUAUCUAUGGAUCAAUAUCUUUGUUUGGGGUCAUUGCUAUGGAAACUGCACCAGAUAAAAUUGCUGGAACUGCACAUGCCAUCUCAAGUAUAUUUUCUAACAUGGGUCUGAUGUUGGCAGGAUUUCCAUUGAGCUUCAUUUCCAGCCUCCUGGACUGGCAGACGACAUUUCUCAUCCUAGUCUCUACAGUCACCAUUGUUGUUACAUAUCUUCUGCUGAAGCUCAGAACAGAGUUGUCAACCUUUAAAUCUACCUCAGGAAAAACUCUCAAUUUGUACAACGUAUUGUUUAGCAGAUAGAUUUUUAAGUGAAUAUUCGGUCAAUACAUACACAAUGUAUAUCAUAAUACCCCUUAAAGUUUUUGGGGUAUAUAGGAAUCACCUUGUCUGUUGUAUUUCUGCUGAAUGUCUGCCAGUCCUUUCUAAUGGAGAGACUAGGAGUUCAUACUUGGCACAAAGGUUGCUUAUGUCCAGAUUGUAUUUCAACCAAGGUCAUUUGGCAGAGAUCAAGGUUAAGUGAUGUAUGAUUUUUAUACCCCCCAUAUACUGGAAUCGGGUUGUCUGUCUGUCUGUCCGUCCGUCCGUCUGUAGACGCAAUGGUUUCCGGGCUCUAAAGCAUUAUCCUUUCCACCUACCGUCACCAUAUCAUAUAUAUGGACUACCCAUGGGAUGAAGAUGUUCCCUAUCGAUUUUGGGGUCAAAGGUCAAACGCACUGGACAUCGAAGUAGCAAUAUGGUUUCUGGGCUCUAAAGCAUUAUCCUUUCCACCUAUAGUCACCAUAUCAUACAUAUGGACUACCCAUGGGAUGAAGAUGUUCCCUAUUGAUUUUGGGGUCAAAAGGUCAAAGGUCAAGCGCACUGGACAUCGAAGUAGCAAUAUGGUUUCCAUUUAAAUUCUUUAAUGGCUUUUUUCAUCGCAUGGAGAUGCUGUGUUCCUAGAUACCUUUUGGAUCAUAAUACUGAAGUUUUACCUAUUACCAACACCCUUUGGGAGAUUGGGGUAAGCGGGGGGUAUUCUUAGUGAGCAUUGCUCACAGUACCUCUUGUUUUUCCUGAACCAUACUAGUCUUUGUGACAGAGAGACAUUUAAAGUACAUACUUGUCUCAAAGGGUGAUUAUGGUCAGAAGGUGAUUUGGCAAAAGUCUCUGUUAGAAUAUGAUAAAAAUAUUAGACAGUCAUAUUUAACAUUAAAUUUGCAUAUGACCAGAUGCUGGGUUGUGACCCCAAAAGAAAGCCAUUUGGCAAAAACCAAGGUCAUAGUAAAAACAAAGAUUUUUUUUGUACAGGCCAUAGCUAUACAUAUAUAAUAGAAAGACUUCAUCAGCUUAUAUUGGAUGCAAACUAAGGUUGCUUAGAAAUAAAUCCUGUAUUUUGACCCUCAACCAUAAAUCCAGCAUCGGGUAUUGGUCCUGUUGAGAAUGAGAGGGAUUUGCAGUUCUUUGCAGAAGACUGGUAUUACAUGGUAAUAUUUUAAUGGAGUGUGCAUUGAAUGCUGCUGUAUUAUCAUCAUUUCUAAAUCAAUAAACAUGCAUUUGGUAUAUUGA